AUGUACUUCUUUUUCAAGGACAACGACGAGCAGAACAAUCUUACUACUGCGUUAUGUGCUGUACUUCAUCAACUGUUCAGCAUGCAAUCCCAACUAUUGCGAUAUGCAUUACCAUUCUGGGAAAGAAAUCAAGAGAAGAUUCAGUUUGAAGUGGACGACAUGUGGCGCAUUUUCAUGGCUACUACAUCCGAUCCAGCAUUUUGGAAUACGAUUUGCGUGUUUGAUGCUCUCGAUGAUCUUCGGCCAGACCGUGAAACAAUUCCACCGCUUCCAAAGAAUGUCCCUGAAGCAUACGAAAGAAUACUCAAUCGAGUUCCUUCGGACCAAAAAGCAAAGGUGGAAACUAUUUUGCAAAUUAUUGUUGGUGCGCGACGUCCACUAACUGUUCAGGAGAUGGCUAUGGCUUUGGGGUUAGCGACGACCCUAGGUGCAGAAACUGCAAAGGAGGCAGGUCUGAACCCUAGUGGAUUAGAUAAAAAGAUACGGCAACUCUGUGGGCUGUUUGUUUUCAUCAAGGAAUCCAAGAUUUAUGUCAUCCAUCAGACUGCAAGGGAGUUCCUUAUUAGCAAACACGAUAGAUACGCUAGCUUUAAAUGGUGUCUUGAGCAGCGCAAAACAGAGAUACAAAUGACUGAAAUAUGCGUUAAAUACCUUCUUAUGAAUGACGUGGUCAGUGACGAUAGAAAAUAUAUAAGGAGCUUACUUGAUUAUUCUGCAGAAAAUUGGGCUGAUAAUUUUCGAGACGUACUAUCUCCAGAAGAUGGGCUAGUGGAUUGGGUCUGGAGACUAUACGAUGUUACCACCUGUCAAUUUCAUCUGUGGUUUCCCAACUUUUGGAAAACAGCAAUGCCGUAUCAUGGGGACCCCAAAAUGGAGGCAUUACAUUUAGCUGCAUUUAAUGGCCAUCAAGACAUUGUGCGUCGGAUUGCUUUGAAUGAGAGAGGUGCAAUUGAUAAGACCGACAGGUCAGGAACAAAUGCAUUCCAGUGGGCUUGUGUACAGGGAUGUUCUAGGGUCGUCGAACAACUACUGGAAAUGGGAGCAAAUGCCAAUGCUCAGGGAAAAGAAUAUGGCAAUGCUCUCCAAGCUGCUGCUGCUAGAGGACAUCUUGAUAUCGUUCAACGACUCAUCGAAAACGGAGCCAAUAUCAAUGCUGAGGGAGGAGAUUAUCAUAAUGCUUUCCAAGCUGCUGCUGCUGGAGGACACCUUGAGAUCGUUCAACAACUUAUUGAAAAUGGAGCAGAUGUCAAUGCCCAGGGUGGAAAGUUCGGCAAUGCUCUUUAUGCUGCUGUUUCUGGAGAAGAUCUUGAGAUUGUUCAACGACUCCUUAAAAAUGGGGCGGAUGUCAAUGCUCAGGGUGGAGAGCUUGACACUGUUCUCCAAGCUGCUGCUCGAGGAGGACAUCUUGAGACCGUCAAGCGACUACUGGAAAAUGGAGCCAAUAUCAAUGCUGAGGGAGGAGAUUAUCAUAAUGCUCUCCAAGCUGCUGCUGCGGGGGACAUCUUGAGAUCGUUCAAGGACUCAUCGAAAAUGGAGCAUAUAUCAAUGCUCUCUACGCUGCUGUUGCUGGAGGAGAUCUUGAGAUUGUUCAACAACUCAUCGAAAAUGGAGCAGAUGUCAAUGCUCAGGGUGAAGAGUUCGGCAAUGCACUCCAAGUUGCUGCUGCUGGAGGUCAUCGUGGUAUUAUACAGAUAUUGCAGAACUCCAAUUAGCUAA